CGGAAGACUUCAUACUAUUUGGAUAUUAAACUUCGAAAAAGAAAUAGUAACAACUUGGAACAGCAAUGUCGUAAUAAUCACGACGGACAACAUCGAGCUUGUAGGAGAGUGUUUGAGAAACGGCUCCGCAUCCAACAGCAGUCGCGAGUAAGUCCAGCUAAAGUGGAUCAUCUUCCAGGUGAAUACUGUUAUAAUCCUUCUGCUGAGCCCACAUAUUUGCAUGUAGCUUGCUGA